AUGGGAUUCUCGCGUCUGAAUCGCUCGAAUCUCAUUUCGCCGGCCGUCGUUUUGACCGAUUAUCUGCUAUCGAAGCCGGCGAAAUUCAAAAACGCUCAAAUCUAUUUGAUAGGCGUCGAGAAUCUGAAAACGACGCUCGAAACCGAAGCGCAAGUCAAAUGUUUCGGAACCGGACCGGACCACAAAGAGAAUUACACCGAGAAUGACUUCAUUUUCGACAUCGACGUCGGCAACAAGCCGAAAGCCGUCGUUGUCAGCUUCGAUUCGCAUUUUAGUUAUCCGAAACUAAUGAAAGCGGCGAAUUAUCUAAAAGACGACGACGUCGAGCUUCUCGUCACCAACGAGGACGACACGUUUCCGGGUCCGGUGGCGGGCGUCGUUUUGCCGGAGACGGCGCCGUGGUCGCACGCGAUUCAGACGGCCAGUCGGCGGACGCCGACGAGAAUUUUCGGCAAACCCGAACGAGCGAUGUCGGAGUUUUUGAAGAAGCGCGCCGGCGGCAAAUUGGAUCCCAAACGCACCGUGAUGUUCGGCGAUCGAUUGGCGAGCGAUACGCAAUUCGCCAACUCGAACGGUUUUACGAGUGUUUGGAUGCAAACUGGCGUCAACACGGUGGAUGAUAUCGAAAAAGCGCGGCGAAAUGGAGAGGAUUUGAAAAUUCCCAACUAUACACAUAUGGUAUUCACACCGAUGACUCCCGAAUCAUCGUUUCAAUUCGCCGACCUGAACAUUAAACACAAGGAUCCCGAAACCACAUUGAAUAUGGUCCGACGUGCGAUUCGAAUGGGUUAUGACUCGGUGGCGAUCAAUAUCGAUAUUGGCGAUAUAUCACAGUAUCACACAGAGGCUGACAUGAUCUGGACGCCGGGUUGCGAUUCAGAAUCAUUCGAGCCGCCGACGAAGAAGAAAAAGAAGCAGCAGAAGGCGGAAAAUGAGCUGUCGAAUGGAGUUUCGGCGUUGUUGAGGAAAAAGUACAUUCCGUUGCCGUAUUUCGUGGAUCUCGCCGAAUUGAAUACGGUCGAGCUCGAGAAACGCGGAAAAAUCUUUCGACAAUUCAGUCGGCUCACAUUCACCGCCAACGAGCAAAUUGUGCUCAAUAAGACGUUUAUUCAUCCAACUGUUAUGAAAUACGAUUUGGUGGCGGUUCGACCCGGCGACGGAUCAGUUCUUGAGACUCUUUCGCGAAAAACUGAACUAUUUGAUAUUAUUACAAUCGAUCGACUUGAAAAUGACAAGGCGAAAUGGCUGGGAUAUUCGAAAGUCAUUGAGAGGAUGAGAGGUGAUGGAAUCUAUUAUGAAUUGACCUAUGCCGAAUGUCUGAUGCCGGAGACGAGGAAGCAGGCACUGUACAACGGUCGAGUUCUCCUUCGCUCGCUGAAAUCUCGCCAUGUGCUCAUUUCGAGCGGCGCCGAGUGUAUGCUCGAUUUGCGCGCGCCCGUCGAUGUGAUGAAUUUGAGCCUUUUAUGGGGCGUCGAGAGCAGCGAAGCACGCAAAUUCGUCUCCGGAUGGCCGAAGAAUCUGUUGCUUCAAGCGGAAUGCCGAGGCACCGAAAACGGCGAUCUUCAUUCGAUGAAAAUCGACGAGGCUGAACAAUUUGAAUCGAAGGGGCCGCCGAUCGAGAUUCGAAUGAAUAAUAUUCAAUACGAAGCGUUGAUGAAAGCGACGAAAAAUGCAAACGAGAUGCUGAAAUCGAUCAAGGAGAAAACGAAAAACGCGGCGACGCCGAAAAAUGCUUAA